AUGGAAAUGCAUCAAUCACAACAAAUCGAUUUUUGUCGAGAUCUUUCCUUAUCAACAAAGAACGACGAUGAACAGAAUAGUUCCAUACAAUCAUCAAUAGAAAAGCAACAAAUUCAACCUUUAAAAUGUUCAAAUCCUAUUAUGAAUCGUCUAUCUCUGUUACCAGCCUAUCCAACAUUUGAUCGAUUUGGACCUAUUAAUCGAGAUCAUUUACUUUUGGCAAAUGUAUCUUGUCAAGAAUUAACCCAUGAACAACAACGACGUCGUAAUCAUUAUACAUUUCAUCAACCAUUUACUAUUAUUGAUCAAAGUGUUGAUAUUAGUGUUCGACCAUUCUUUAUCUAUAUCUAUCAUCAUUUAUAUGAAGAUUUAGUACAACGUUUUCAUGUUAAUAAUGCUAUUCUUGAUUAUAAUUAUGAACGUCUUCGUCAAUGUCUAAAUAUUAUGACACAAGAACGAAUUCAAUAUGAUUAUUUGUCUGAGACUACUAUUGGUAGUGAAAAAUUACGUAUCGAUGAGUAUGCUCUAGCAUUAGAGUUUUAUCUACAAAUUGAUGAUGAAUUAUUUUUUAUGAAAACAUGUUGUUUUCGUAAUGCUCAACCAUCAUUAUACAAUCAUCAUGGUAUCUUCUCUAUUGAUGAACCAAAAUCUCUCUAUGGUCUAAAAUCAUGUGAACAAGUUACAUGUCGAUUUUGUUUUCCCAUCACUGAUAUUCUUACUCGUGGUCGACAAAGUCAAUCAGUUGUUCAAUUUUCAUCAGCACAGAAACAUCGUUUUGUCAAUGGAUAUGAAGCUAUUCUUAAUUGUCCAGCGACUUGUACUACAAAGAAUAUUCUCUAUGCAUUGACAUGUCCAUGUGGCCAAUAUGAUUAUAUUGGAUAUACAGCAAUGUCAUUAGAUGAACAACUUAAAUAUCAUCGUGAGCAUGGUAAUCGAAUCAUGCAUGAAUUUAUUCUUGGUUCGAUAAAUAGUAGUCGUAUGCGACAACAAACUAAAUCACAAGAAGAAUUAACAGUUGAUAAUCAAUUACUUUACAAACAUUCAGCUCGUUGUUCAUAUGCUAUUCAAAUGUUUCUGGAUUGUAAUCCACAAUAUUGGUGUUUCGUACCGAUGUCAAAGAUGGAAGCACGAACACAAAAUCUUACAUCUGAUUUCCCAAGUAAUAUUACAAUGUUUCCAUCGAAUACUCAUUCACGUCGUGAUCAAGAAGCUAGUACAUACAUGAUUGAUUUACCUUCAUUACCUUCAGAAAACUAUAUGUUUUCGACAAAUCAACGUACUCAACAAUUUUAUAUGUUCAAAGAGAAAUAUGAUCUUCUUCAGCCUAACGUUCAUCUAGAUCUAUAUAAUGCUACCAUCAUUGCUGUUUUACCGGAGAAUUGUUCCGAAUUAUUUUAUCGAUUAAUCGAAGCAUUAUUUAUUACACAUGCUCAAACUAAAUUAAAUACAUUGGGUCAUUUAGAUGGUAUGAUUGUUGAAAACAAUAAUUGUAAUGAUAUAAAUGCACGCAUGGUUGAUGAUCGUCGUGGUAAUUGGUGUCAAAAUCUUGUUCGUCGUCCUAGCAUUGCAAUGUCAACUGAUAAGUCAGAUCUGCAAGAAGGUCAACCACAUGAUCUGAUCCUUUCCACGGCAGAAGAAGUUAUACAGUCGCAAGCAGAAUCGAAGAAGAACAAGAAAAAGAAAUGUCGUGGUAAUCGUAAACUACAAAGAUUUAGAGCAAAAUUGAAAAGACAAGGAUUGAAUACUGAAGCAAUUACAACAGUAAUAAAUACAUACAAUAAUCCAUCUCGACCUGAAGAAGAAGAAGAAGAAAAUGUACAGAAUACUGAUGUGAAUGUACAAGAUUUUAUUGAAUUACAUCAACAGGCACAGGAAGAAGUACAUGGAAUGGUUCAAGAAAUGGCAACAAAGCGAAAACGAGAACUACGAGGAGGUGUGACAACAUCUAUCAGUCAAGUGUCUAUUGCUCAACCUUUGACCAAACGACAACGUUCAACAACAAUUAUUGAUUUGACUCAAGUUAAGACUAAUUCUAAGAAAUCGGCAGACAAAAUAAAACCAAAUUAUUUGAAUACAUCAGAUCAUGUCUUCAAACAGAUGUUAUCAAAAGCAUUAGAAGGUGUAGAAAAUACUAUUCAAUCAUUAGAUACACCAGAGAAAUUACAAUAUGCUCGUACUUAUGCACAAUUAGUUAAUGACUUGUUCUAUCUUCGAUUAAAACAAGAUUAUUGGGAUCAUUAUUAUAAGAUAACUACAACUACAAGUAUAUGGUCUCUGGAAUUAUCAAAACAAAUAAUUAAAGAAAAUAAUUUAAAUCGAAUUUAUUUUAUGACACAAAAUAAUAUACAGAAACGUCGACAGAUGAUCAUCGAAGAAUUAAAACAAUCAGAGAAUGGAUUAGAUAAACAUAAACAAUUGAUAACUGACCAAUUCAUUGAUCUAAAGAAAUUAUCAAUGGUGAUUCCUGCAUUUGUACGAAAAGGUCAAUAUAAAUUAUCCGCUGAUUUUCAACGAAGAAAACAACUCUUACAAUUGGAUGCCAAUGAUUAUUGUUUAGUACAAGCAUUUUAUAAAUUGAAUCCAUCUGAAGAUCAGAUUAGAUCAGCAAAAAUUAUAUGGCAAGCAACAUUUGAUAAACAACAUAUGGAAGAAUAUGUGGCCAUAUUAAAACAACGUAUCUAUACCAAACGAUUACCUGCUUCGUUCAGUAUACUCGAUCAUUCUAUUGAUAAUGCAGAACAAAUGUUGAAACAACUUGUACUUCAUGCAGAUAAACGUGCUACAUUAUCAUCUCGACGUCUUAAAACCAUUGCUCAAUUCAAAUAUGAUCUACUCACAUUAGAGAUUACGACAAGUGAAGAAUUAAUUCGUAGUCAUACAAAUAUUAUUGUCAAUGAAAAGAAGAAAUUAACUGAUUCUGCUACUACUACUACUACUGCACAAGUUCCAUUAUCAAAAUCACUUGUUUCAGUUUUAAAUGCUAUAGCUGCACGUCAAUCCAAUAUUAUCCAACGUGCUCAACUGAUUACUAAACAAAAAUUGUCUUUUUUCGACGACGCUCCGACGGUUAUAGAAGAAGAGGAAGAGAUGGUUGGAACCGUCGGAGCGAUAUUUUAA